AUGUCGCUCUCAACACCAUCCAGAGAAAUGCUUCUUCUCUCGCGCCAAUUGGGUCGCCAAUGCCUCCGCGCCCGUUCCUUCGGGGCCCGCACCCGCACACGGACAAGACCAAACACAUACAACCAGUCCAUCCCAAACAUUACGUCGAGACGAACGGUGGCCACCUUCAAUACGCCACACCAAGCCGGCGCCAUAUCCGUCAUCAAGAGCAAUGUCGACACGACUUCGGAAGAGUACAAGGAGAACGAGCGGCUCAUGGGGGAGGCCAUGGUCCGCUUAGACGAGCUGACCAAGAAGGUCCAACAGGGUGGUCCGGCCAAGGCGAGGGAGAAGCACUUGGCUCGCAAAAAGAUGCUGCCCCGGGACCGAAUCACCGCGCUGAUUGACCCGGGGACUACAUUUAUGGAACUGGCGCCGCUAGCCGGCCACGAGCUGUAUCCCGAGGCUGAAGUGCCCGCGGGUGGUGUCAUUGCCGGUGUGGGCGUCGUUGAGGGCGUUACUUGCAUGAUUGUUGCCAACGACAGCACAGUCAAGGGCGGGACUUACUACCCCAUCACGGUGAAGAAGCAUCUGCGGGCGCAGGCCGUUGCGCAAGAAAACAAGCUACCUUGUAUUUACCUCGUCGAUUCCGGCGGCGCAAACCUCCCGCACCAGGCCGACGUCUUCCCCGACCGUGAACACUUUGGGCGCAUCUUUUUCAAUCAGGCACGCAUGUCGGCCGCGGGGAUACCCCAAAUUGCGGUCGUCAUGGGGCCUUGUACGGCCGGCGGCGCCUAUGUCCCGGCCAUGAGCGACGAAAGCAUCAUCGUGCAGGAACAGGGCCACAUCUUCCUCGCAGGGCCUCCGCUCGUCAAGGCAGCCACGGGAGAGGUGGUCAGCCCAGAAGACCUCGGCGGUGGCAAGAUGCAUUCGUCUGUGUCUGGCGUGACCGACUAUCUCGCUGUGGACGAUUCUCAUGCCAUCGUGCUCGCACGCCGCUCCGUCAGCAACCUCAACUGGCCGACCAAGUCCACGUCCGUAGCCCCCAACAGCUUUUCCGAGCCGCUCUACGACCCGUCUGAGCUUCUCGGCAUCGCCUCGACCAAUCUGCGCAAGCCGCUGCCCAUUCACGAAGUCAUUGCGCGCAUCGUCGAUGGCUCCGCCUUCUCCGAGUUCAAGCGCGACUACGGGACCACGCUCGUGACGGGCUUCGCCAACAUCUACGGCCAUCGUGUUGGUAUCGUGGCCAACAACGGCAUUCUCUUCAGCAGCUCAUCCCUGAAAGGCGCUCACUUCAUCGAGCUCUGUGCCCAACGCGGUAUCCCACUCGUGUUCCUGCAAAACAUCAGUGGUUUCAUGGUCGGCAAGGACGCCGAGCGCGAAGGUAUCGCCAAGAACGGCGCCAAGCUGGUCACCGCCGUCGCCUGCGCCGACGUGCCCAAGUUUACCGUCGUUGUUGGCGGCAGUUAUGGUGCCGGCAACUACGGCAUGUGCGGUCGCGCGUACUCGCCGCGCUUCCUGUGGAUGUGGCCCAACGCCCGGAUCGGUGUCAUGGGUGGUGAGCAGUUGGCCAGUGUCAUGGAGACGGUCGGGCAGAAGGUGGAUACGGGGCUGAAGGAACGGAUUGACCGGGAGAGCGAUUGUGUCUUUUCAUCGGCGCGGUUAUGGGACGACGGUGUCAUCCCCCCAGCACACACCCGGCAGUAUCUGGGGUUGGGUCUCAAUGCGGCAAUGGGUGGCCGGAAUGUGGUUCCGCCAGGACAGACCAAAUUUGGAGUUUUCAGGAUGUAA